AUGCCUGAGCUCAGGUACAACAACGGCUUCGGCAACCACUUCGAAUCCGAGGCCAUUCCCGGCUCCUUGCCCAAGCUCGGCAACGCACCGCAAAAGGCGCCCCACGGCCUCUACGCGGAGCAAAUCAGCGGCACCGCCUUCACUGCGCCCAGGCACAAGAACCAGAGGAGCUGGCUCUACAGGAUCAAGCCCUCGGUCAACCACCAGCCCUUCAAGCCCUACAAGCAGCAGCCCCGCGUCCUCGCCUCGUUCCACGCCUUUUCCCCGGACAUCGAGGUGACGCCCCAGCAGCUGCGAUGGGACCCGCUGUCGACCGACGCCGUCAAGGCGCCCGAAGGUGUCGACUUUGUCGAUAGCCUCACGACCCUCUGCGGCGCCGGCGAGAGUCAGACAAAGGACGGCCUCGCCAUCCACAUCUACUGCGCCAACAAGAGCAUGGGCCGCAAGAGCUUCUACAACUCAGACGGCGACCUGCUCAUCGUGCCCCAGCAGCACACGCUCCACGUCACGACCGAGUUUGGCAAGCUCGACGUGCCCCCGCUCCACAUCUGCGUCGUGCAGCGCGGGCUCAAGUUCUCGGUCCAGCUGCCCGACGACGCCACCGCCGACAGGCCCGCCCGCGGCUACAUCUGCGAGGUCUACAAGGGCCACUUUGAGCUGCCGGACCUGGGCCCCAUUGGCGCCAACGGCCUGGCCAACCCAAAGGACUUUGAGGCUCCCGUCGCCGCCUACGAGGACACGCACGACGAGUGGCAGAUUGUCAACAAGUUCAUGGGCCGCUUCUACGAGUUCCAGCAGGACCACUCGCCCUACGACGUCGUGGCCUUUUCGGGCAACUACGUCCCCUACCGCUACGACCUGAUGAAGUACAACACCAUCGGCAGCAUCAGCUACGACCACCCGGACCCGUCGAUCUUCACCGUCCUCACCUGCCCCUCGGACAGCGCGGGCACGGCCGUGUGCGACUUUGUCAUUUUCCCGCCGCGCUGGCUCGUGGCCGAGGACACGUUCCGGCCGCCCUACUUUCACCGCAACUGCAUGUCCGAGUUCAUGGGCAACAUCCAGGGCGUCUACGACGCCAAGGCCGAAGGGUUCAUGCCCGGCGGCGCUUCGCUGCACAACAUGAACUCGGCCCACGGCCCCGACACCGAGACCUACGAAAAGGCGAGCAACGCCCCGCUCCAGCCGCACAAGGUCGGCCAGGGCAGCAUGAGCUUCAUGUUUGAAUCGGCCUACCAGCUCGCCACGACCCGGUGGGCCAUCAGCGAGAGCGGAAAGCUGCAGCAGGACUACUGGAGGGCCUGGUCUGGCCUGCAGAAGCACUUUCAGCCGCCCUCGUCGAGCCAGCAAUGA